AUGUCCGUUCGUCGCAGCAAGGCGAUGCCCACUGACGGCCCGACGGCCAAAUUCCUCUACACCAUUAUCAAGCAGCUAGACCUGAAGUCGAUUGACUGGAAUUUAGUAGCCUCGCAACUGGAAAUAUCCAAUGGCCACGCCGCCCGAAUGCGCUUCUCCCGGUUCAAGCAGCAGAUGGAAGGCAUAACCUCCACGCCACGCGCCUCGAAACCGAAGAAAACCACCAAAACCGGUGGCGAGAAGGAAAGCAAGCCUGGUCUAGAGAAAGGAGUGCUUUCGCCCCCCCCUGCACCACUAGUCAAGCAGGAAACAGGGACGGAGACGGCAUAUGAUCCAAGCCAGAGUCCGUAUAUCAAGUCGGAGGCAGAACCGUAUUUGCAGAAGAUCCCAACACUGGAGGAUGCUUCUUUGCCGACUACGUUAUAUACGAGGCCGUUGCAGCCGUAUCGUCCACAGCAGCAGUUCUAUCAACAGCAAUACCCGUCCUACGCAUAUUCUCCGUACACUACAUACACACCAUAUUCGCCAAUGACUAUUGCUCCAACGGACUUGACCACAUCCACGAGUAUGUCGCCGUUUUCUUCGCCAAUGUCAAUAGGAUUUGAGAUGCCAUCGAGCGUGUCUUCCCCGUGGACAGUGAAGAGUGAGGGAAGGGAUGGAGGAUCAAAUGAGCCGGUCAAAUUGGAGGGAGAGCAGGAGACUUAG